AUGGGUUACAAUACUCGCAGAAAGUCGUUAUCUCUACCCUCUCUUGGAAUACAACUCCCCCAAACUACAGCAGCCCGACGACUCUCCGCCUCUCCAGCGAAAAGCGAUUCACCUCUCCAGAAAAAAGUCAAAAGAGAAUAUUCUCCUCCAGCCGCUCUAUCUCGUCAAGACCGCUAUGGCAAUGUCCUUGAGCGGACAGGAAAUCGGCCUCAUACAGUUAAAGAAUUGGCUGCCGAACUUGCGGGUGUUGUUAACAUUGUUGAGAAUUCGGCUAAUCCCCACGCGAUCAUUUCCUCGCGAUUAAAUUCGUUUCUCAAACGCGACAAAACACCCUCAACGCCUUGUAUCAUCGCUAAACAACUAAUCACUACCCACCCGAGGCGCAUCUACUUCUACCUUACUACUUGCCCACAUCAACCAAUCCCAAAACAUGAAAACGACAAUAUUCCCACAAGACGCAGUGUUGUCUCGCCCGCACUAUCCGACGAUGAAGACAACAGAAGAACUGAGAUGUCGCCUAGUCCGGAAAUUGACUUGGGUCUACAUGAUGAAUCCGAUAACGAGUCUUCUGAGGAAGCAAGCGGCAGUCUGAGCACUUCUAGGGCUAGUAUCAUCGAGCGCGAGAGAACCACCUCCCCCGCUUCAUUAGAUAACAAAAGUGCUCUUUCUACGCCAGUGCUCGAAGGCGAUGAACGGGAGUUCAGCCAGUCAGCCAUAUUCAUUGUGCGCCGCUCCGCCUCUAGGGAAAUUGACCAGAACAAGGAGUCUGACAAAAAGAGAUCACGGGGAGAAUAUGAAGCAGACGUGAACGAAGACCGCCACAUUGAAUCUUCUACCAACGAUGCAGCAGCGAUGCUUUUGGGCUAUGGAACUUCCGCACCAGCUGUUCCUGUUCCCACUAGCCCUAUGGUGGUGCCUACACAAAUUACAACAAUAACUCCUAAUAUAAAGGUGGAGGGUGCCACUGGAGUAGAUGCUGCCCAAAACCACAACCGGGAUCAAGAGAAACCUAAUAGCGCCACCGAUUCCGUCCUCGGUCUCGGGUUAGGCAACUGGGGAGGCGAGCUCGAGAGACAUCUCGGUAGCCCAGAAAGCGUCGAACUUGACGAACUGGAUGAUCUCCUAGACUUUUGA